AUGAGGGAUAGCCUCGGCUGCUGGCGCGUGGAUGAACUGUCGGUCUCUGGGGCUCAGCUCUGCCUCUGUCUGUGGGGCAGGUGCCUCCCCGUCGCUGCUAUCAAGACUACUGCUGCUACUAUCGUGGCUGCGGUCCUUAACCCACUUCUGCUUCGACCUCAGCAGGGCGUUGGAAUUGAUAUGGUGGAUGCAGAGCUGCUGCUGUACCUCAGAGAACUGAUCGUUCAGGGCGGCUUUCAUCGAAUCGUCGAAGUUAGUGACGAUAAUGUCUAG